GCGCAUGCGCAGUAACCACCAGCACCGGUCAUCAUGGCGGCUUACAGGAUAACACCAACCUUUCAAAGAGUUUUGCAGGCUGUAAAGCGCACCUCUCUGCAGCCUCCGUGCUGGCUCAUAAGCCGCCAUGCCUGCUACUCCACUGUGUAUGACUGCAACGAGAAGACCUUUGAUAAGAUCCUCAUCGCAAACAGAGGAGAGAUCGCCUGCAGGGUGAUUAAAACAUGUAAAAAGAUGGGGAUCAGGACCGUCGCCGUGCACAGUGACGUCGACUCGAGUGCGGUUCACGUGAAGAUGGCGGACGAGGCAGUGUGUGUAGGCCCAGCCCCGACCAGUAAGAGCUAUCUCAAUAUGGACGCCAUCAUGGAUGCCAUCCGAAGCACAGGAGCUCAAGCUGUCCACCCAGGCUAUGGCUUCCUAUCAGAGAAUAAAGAGUUUGCUCGGAGGCUGGCAGCCGAGGGCGUCGCCUUCAUUGGUCCUGACACACACGCCAUCCAGGCUAUGGGGGACAAGAUCGAGAGCAAACUCAUCGCCAAGGCGGCCAGAGUCAACACCAUUCCUGGCUUCGACGGAGUUGUGAAGAGUGCAGAGGAGGCUGUGAAGAUUUCACAAGAGAUCGGUUACCCAGUUAUGAUCAAAGCGUCUGCUGGUGGUGGAGGUAAAGGAAUGAGGAUCGCCUGGAACGAUGAGGAGACUAGGGAAGGGUUUCGUUUUUCCUCUCAGGAGGCUGCGUCCAGUUUCGGGGACGAUCGACUCCUUAUUGAGAAGUACAUUGAUAACCCCAGGCACAUUGAGAUCCAGGUCUUGGCCGAUAAGCAUGGAAACGCUCUGUGGCUGAACGAGAGAGAGUGCUCCAUCCAGAGACGCAACCAGAAAGUGGUGGAGGAGGCACCCAGCACAUUUCUGGACCCGGCCACUCGGCGUGCGAUGGGAGAACAGGCCGUGUCUCUGGCUAAAGCUGUAAAAUAUUCUUCAGCAGGCACUGUUGAGUUUCUGGUUGACUCCAAGAAGAACUUUUACUUUCUUGAGAUGAACACACGCCUCCAGGUGGAGCACCCCAUCACUGAGUGCAUCACAGGGUUGGACCUGGUGCAGCAGAUGAUCCGAAUUGCUAAAGGUUAUGAGCUCAAGCACAAACAGAAAGACAUCCCUAUUAAUGGCUGGGCCAUCGAGAGCAGAGUCUACGCUGAGGAUCCCUACAAAUCGUUUGGUCUUCCGUCCAUUGGUCGACUCUCUCAGUACGAGGAACCUGUAAACCUUGCCGGUGUGCGUGUGGACAGCGGCAUUCAAGAAGGAAGUGACAUCAGUAUCUACUACGACCCCAUGAUCUCCAAAUUGGUCACUUACGGAGCCACGAGAGCUGAGGCACUGAAGAAAAUGGAGGAUGCACUUGAUAACUACGUCAUCAGAGGUGUGACUCAUAACAUUCCUCUCCUGAGGGAGAUCAUCGUUCACCCGCGUUUCAUCUCAGGUGACAUCAGCACCAGCUUCCUGCCUGAGGUUUACCCUGACGGGUUCAAAGGUCACCCGCUUACGGCCGGCGAGCAGCGCGAGCUCAUGGCUGCAGCCUCGGCUCUCUAUGUAGCCACACAGCUCCGCUCACAAAGGUUCCUAGGACAGCAGAGAGUCUCUAACACCGUUCAGGAGAGGAGGAGCUGGGAGCUGUGUGUGGAGUUGGAGAAAACAGCUCACAUGUUGAGUGUAACUCGCUCUGGAAAGAACUACACAGUGGAGAUUGACGGAGAGAAGGUGGACGUGUCUGGAGAGUGGAAUCUGGCCUCUACACUUCUGCCCCUCAGCAUUAAUGGCAACCACAGAGUUCUGCAGUGUCUAUCGCGUAACGCUGCAGGCGAGAUCACGCUGCAGUAUCUGGGCACGUCGUUUAAGGUGCGUGUGUUGAGUAAGCUGGCAGCGUCCCUCAGUAAGCACAUGCCUGAGAAGGUUCCAGAAGACUCCAGCAGCAUCCUGAGAUCUCCGAUGCCUGGGACCGUCGUGGCCGUUUCUGUUAAAGCUGGAGAUACGGUUGCAGAGGGGCAGGAGAUCUGUGUGAUUGAAGCGAUGAAGAUGCAGAACAGCAUGACCGCUGCCAAAACCGCCAAGGUUAAGAGUAUACACUGUAAAGCUGGGGAGACGGUCGGUGAGGGAGAUCUGCUGGUGGAACUGGAGUAAACACACCUACACUCUGCUAUCCGACCCAAUAUCCACUCAGUGGACACGGACUAAGACACUACUAGCCUGGAGCGAAUGUCCUUGACCCUUUAGUCUUUGCCUAGUCUUUGGUUUUUUUUUUUUCUAAUGAUCUGAUUGUUUUCGCGUCUGUGUGGGAUUUCCUGGUCAGAUUUCAACAACGAAAAUUUAAAAGCAAGCUCACUCUUGUGCCUUUAAACAAACCGGUCCGCUGAGAGUCAUUCACAUCUCAGCAUUUCAUCACUGACAUUUUAUUACUGUAUAAUGCAAGAACUUGAAUACGAGUAUUUUAUUUUUUUGGGGGGGGGGAGGAGAGCUUGGUAAUUCUAGCACGGUUCAGCUCAUGAAGCAAAACUGUUAUACUGCUGAAAAAGUGAAGAGAAAUGCCAGUGGUGAUGUCACAUGAUGAUCAAGAAUGAAUUUACAAUUAGCUCCACCCAUUUUGACCAUGAAUGCUUGUUGCUUGGCAAAACCAGGAUGUGCACACACACCGUGUCCGUUAUCUAUAUGCACCUUUAAAGGACAUGGGACAUGAAACAUAAAUGCACGCUAUAUCAGUUUCUUUCCAUUAAAAAUAUGAAAUAAUUGCAUCAACAAAUACAAAAUUAUCUAUUAAAUUCAGCAAAAUCGUUAUAUUCGUGAUGAUUAUAUGGCAUUUCUGCUCGAGCUCCGAUAUGCAUAUUUUACAACCGGAAGAGCCGCUGUCACGUGAUCAUACGUCACAAAAACUUUCGGGUACAGCACAAGCGGGUAGAUGAAUAUGGAGAAGUGUGAAUCGUGAUGAUGACGAAUGCGACAAAAUAGUUUUUGUGUCUUGGAUGACAAGAAAAUUGUUUCGUUUUUAGUGUGUUUAACGUACAUUGAACAUCAUGGUGUAUUGCGACCUCCCAGUCAGUCAGACGCGCUGUCACUCCUGUUAGCAAUGUAGCUAGGCUCAGCAUGGCCAGUGGUAUUUUUUGGGGCUGUAGUUAGAUGCGACCAAACUCUUCCACGUUUUUCCUGUUUACAUAGGUUUAUAUGACCAGUGACAUGAAACAAAGUUCAGUUACACAAAUUGAAACGUGGCGAUUUCUAUGCUAUGGAAAGUCCGCACUAUAAUGACAGGCGUACUAACACCUUCUGCGCGCUUCGACAGCGCAUUGAUACCUUCACUCGGAGUUGUACCAUUAUUUUUUAGACAGGGCGGACGGACCAGGGCAUUCGCCCGCCUGGCCGUGCCCGACGAGGAGCGCUCUCGGCCGGCUUGGGAGGCAGACGGCAGCCCCUCCUGGAAGUGUGGUUUUACCAUGGGCCUCAUGCGGUAAGGAUUAGUAUUAUAAUUUUGGGUGUAUCAAUUAUUGAUUAUCAUAAUUCUGACUCGUUUCGCCAUUUUGAAUGUUUUCAUCUCGGACUCUGGAAGCAUUGUAUCUCAAUCAAUCUCGAAAAAUAUCAGCAAAAAAAACUAGCUUGCAACGGACUUUAGCUAGAUCUAUGAUGAACUUUCAAUGUAUGAUACAAAAAUAAUACUUCUUUCAACAGAUCAUUAGCCUUUGAGCAGAAUUGUUUUUAACUUACCAGGAAGUGUUAUCGAGCCGACCGCUUUCAGUUUCAUGGGGAUUGAAUGAACUCUCACUCUCAGAAUCAUCUGACCCGUCAGAGUAAAGACAAGAUCCAUGUUCAUGUGAAUUUCCAGCUAUCGGUUCGAAUUGAUAGGGUCUAACUUCACAUCUCUGUGAAACACCGGGAAUGUAACUGUCGAUGGUGUCCAUUUCGGUAACCUGUUUACAUUAGAUACCCAAGCGCUGGCUCCUUGAAAAGUUUUUGUGACGUCACGGGUCACGUGACCGCUUAGCUAAUUAACGAAUCAUUGUUUUACGCUGAUGUAUAGAAAAGUUGAAUAAUGUGAUGAUUUUCACAUUUUUGACGCCCUGCAGUGAUUUAGAUGGCAUUUCUUAUGUCCUUUAUACAUAAUUAUACCCAGAAAAAAAUUCAUGUCCCAUGUCCUUUAACAUAAGCAUAGCAUCAUUUUCUUUCCCCUUUAAUUAUUUUGAGGUGUGUAUACAGUUUUAGUGAUUGAUUAAGGUUCGAUCUAUUUUGGGAUGACCCCGAGUUCUGAAAGGACCAGAAACUCCAAAACAUAACCUGCAGUGUGUGUUUUCCUGAUGAAGCAGGACAAAGAAAGAAAGAGAACACCAACCCUGGACAGCAGUACUGGAGCUCGAGUAGCUUUCUGCAGUUAUCACAGAUAUACACGACGUUCGAAAUGUUUAUAAAAAUCAAUCUUUGUUAUAAUAAAGACCGGACUCGUGGGGAAAAGCUUCACUGUUCCAGUUGGGUUGGAGACGGACAUAUUGUCCUGCAUGAAUAUUCCCUCGAUAGCCAAUCAGUGAGAGUACUUGGGAGUGAGUGGCACGGAUUGAUUUACAGCAGAAGCGAUGAUGUCACCAUUUUUCCCCACUCUUCGUCAAUCAUUUCCUUCCUUCCUCCUUUCCGCUCUCCUCCCUUCCUUCUUCCCCUCCCAAGAGAAAUGACAAAUCCAUCAUUUUUUAUAUAUUGCACUCAUUCUUCAUCUUUUAAUGUCGCAAUGUAUUUUCUUUUCUGACAUUUUAACAAAUGUAAACAAAAUGAGUCCGUCAAACAGGAGCGCUUGACUCAGGCCACGUUAGUUGGGUAGUUUCAGUGUGGCUGCAGGUGGUCUCCAUGGAAAUCAGUCUCGUAUUCAAUUGAGAGUCUGUUAACAGCGUUACUGACCCUUGUCCGUACAGCCAGUUGUGUUUAAAUGUAAACUUAAAGGUGUUGUUGGCCAGAAAAACUUUUUUUUUCCAUUUUCCACUCACCCUAAAUAGUCAAAGAGCCAUGACUGAUGCCAUUUGCUUCCUUACUUUUACAAUGCUAAUGUAGCUAUCAAAUAAUUUCCAUUUUAUUCAAAAACUUUUCUGUAAAUUCAAGCACAAAACGGUGCGUUCUCAUUUCAAACAAAACAAAGAGGCUGCAUUUCCCAGUGUAAGUUCACUGUGGAACUGGGCAGACAACUUUGCCAGGUGGGGCCGACGAGGCAGAAUGAUACUAAACUGCUGAGGACAAGAUGGCUGCCUAGAACAUUAUGGUUUUGAAAUUUUGUUCAUGUUAAGUUAGUUCCGUUGUGUCCUAAACCAAAUCUGGAUAGACAUCACUGAAAAUCUGAUGUGAUUGGAGACAAAUAUUUACAGAAAAGAUUCUGGGUGACAAAGGCUUCUAUUAUUUGUUAGUUAAAUUGACCUUGUAGCGUUAGUGCAAAGCUAACUGGACACCAAACGUCCUGGCUGAUGGACUACAUUUGGGAUUAGUAAAAAACCAUACAUCCCCCUCCCCCAUAAAAUUCUUUAUAUUUCAGGUUUGUGUGUGUGUGUUACAUAUUAGAGCUGCAUUGCAUUGUUGGAUCUUGUGCUUGAAAAUGCUCACCACUUGGUGUAGCCAUGUCCUAACAUCAGCCCUAAUGAACCACUCACUUAAAAAAAACAACACUUCGCUCUGAACUUUAACUUUUUUGUUGUACUCUAAAACAUACCGCCUUGCACAACUGUGAAGGUGUGCUUGACAGCUUCUAAAAUCCUCAACCCAAACCUCUGUCUUACUUUCACAAAUGAAUACUUCCAUAAAUGCCAAAGUGGACCUUGAGAAGAACAUUGAGCUCAUUUGCUAGCAAACAUCUCUACCACUGGGUCCAACUGUCAUUCUUCCCUUCCCGAGUUUGGCUUCACUCAGACGGUGGUGACUCUCAUGACCAGCUCGCGGUUGUCGUUUCUGGGCUGCAUUGUGGUAUUUCUGGGCUCCUGGUUUCGGAGAUUGAGACUGAGCAGCUGCAGCAGGCUGUACGCACAGUGACGCUCCGCCUCUGAGGAGUCCUCUGGAGCCAUCGUGUCUACUGGGACAGUCGUGCCUGGGGUCACGGUCGCUGUAGCAGCUGUAGUAAGGGCGGAGCUAGAGGGAGAAGGUGAAGUGGGUGGGGCCACUCCUCCCCGAUUGCUCAGAGGGAGUGUGAGGGAGCGUAGGGUGCUGCUGCCCUUCUGAGGGUCAUCUGAGUCCUUCAGUUUGUCAUAGUUGAGCACCUUCCACUGCUGAUUCACAGCCUGCCAGCGGUGGAAGAUCCGAAACACGGACGGCCCCUCGUGCACGAUCAGAGCUGAGAGAGAGAGAGAGAAAACACGUUUACCUUUCUACUAUUGUGAACAUUUUGCUUUGUAUCACCUGUACCAGGGUUCAGCAGCAAUAUACUUUACCAAGUAUUUAAAAAUACUGUAACAGAGCUGUAGUUUCUAAACAUGAAUAUUCUUAGAUUCUGUCGCAGCUCCUCUGUUGCAUCUUAUCCAAUCACACACAUUUAUUUAUGUAAAUUAUUCAGCCUGAAGGCAGCACAUUGGUCCAGGGAUGAGCUACAGGGCUAGUGACAUUCACUUAAAAGGGGAAAGUUUUCAUAGACUUUUCAUUUUAUUUGUUCAUUCUGGUCUGAUUGGCAAACUCGUGACAUGAAUUGUUAAAUAAAGGUCGAUCAAAACAAAA